UGUGUUAUUUCAGUGUUCCCUUUAUUUUUUUGAGCAGUGUAUAUUUAGACAGCUUAUAGAGAGCCUCUGUCUUUACCUCUCUGCUCCGGAUGGCUGGCCCACUGCGCAGUGUUGCCUCUGACAACAACAGUGAUUGGUCUGUGAGAAUAGACCGGUAUAAUGCGUCUUAAUCCAAUUCUAGCUACAGGGGUGCCUGCUCCUACUGUCACAAUGGAGCUCAUUGACUUCCUCAGGGACACACCUUGUUUUGUGGUCUCAUCUGGCCCUUCUCUGGAUAGUUUGAAGGAUUUAUUUCUGAAAUGAGGGGAUUGAUGCUCUGUGUUUUUGCCCUGGCGAUGUUAACAGCUUCUGCAGAUGAGGAUGAUCAGGAGGAGCAACGGGAGGAGGGGCCUCUGCAGUGUUUCCGCUGUGACCUGGGCUUCUGGGAUGCCUGCUACACCACCAAAACCAACUGCAAUAUCGGGGAGAAGUGCUACACUGGCCGAGGGAAGGCAGGUGAUGUGCUGGAUGUUAAGUUGCUGGGCUGUGUCAAGGCGAAGGAGUGUGAGUUGGUGACCAAUGUGGAGAUCUUCUCCAACACAACCAUCUACAUGAUGACCAGGCACUGCUGCGACACACACUUCUGCAACACCGGACACACACUACCCCUCAACACACUUCUCUCCCUGUCACUGACUACAAUAACCAUCAUCCACCUCUCCUCUCCCUGACAGUGACUACAAUAACCAUGAUCCUCACCUUCAACAGACUACAAUAACCACCAUGCAUCAUAAAGUCCCCAGCAGCACACAUUUAUUCAAUUUUCUGUAAAUAUUGUGUUUAUUUGUCAAGGAAUAUGGACAGUAAUUAGCAUAUGUGGAUGUGUCAGAUUGAGGCAAAAGUGUCAUGUUCAAACCUUAGAAGCUGUCUCUGGGCUCAGUGAAAAUUGGUUAGAUGGUUUUAUGGAAUUCAAUUUUUAAUAAAUGUAAUUUUCUCAUUCUGUUGUUGGCAUAAACUACAAAAGGAGACUAGAUUUUAUUUUUUCAUAUUUAUUGAACAUUCUGAAUUGUAACUGAAUAACGUAAUACAAAUUUACAUUGUCCUCAAUCUUGGUUGGCAUAUUUUAAACCCGUCAAAAUUACUUUUAUGUUCUCCUCCAAACCUAAACAUUUCCAUAGAGAAUACUACAGUAGCUCCCAUUGACUUUAGUGUUAUGGUAAAUCCUAAAGUAGUAUGCAUCAAUCUCUCAGACCCAUAUUCACAGAUCUAGGAUCAUCUUAACCUCUCUAAAACCAUCAGCAUCUUGGGGCAACUUCCUCCUACAGUCAGUGAAACUGAGGUCAUACUGGUAUACAGUAGCGUUGCUGCUAGACAGACAACAGGAGCGUUGCUGUUAGACAGACAACAGGAGCGUUGCUGUUAGAGCAGGUCUCCUCCAGAGGGAAGCAGCUCCUCCAUGUAGCACUGCAGAUCCACACUCUGGUCCUCAAGGUCCACACACAGAAACUUAUUCACCACACAAACACACCUGACAGGGACACACACACAAAGAAAACAGAGCCAUCUUUGUUGCAGGUGAAUGGUAACAGCUGAAUAAGAUGAGAAAAAGAGGAAACCCGCACACUGAUCUUGAUAGUAUCACUGCUCUUUAAAAACGUUACAUAUCGGCCUCAAGGCCUUCCUCAGAGCGUUUGUGAGUGUUAGCCACCUUAUGUAGACAUUGAUCCACCCACAUCCGUUCAAUGCAUCAAAUGGGGUUGUUGUCGAGGGAAAAUAAGCAAGUGUUACCAAAUAUAACAAUGUGCAUUUAUUUCAUAACUAUUCCAAUAACGUGUGUAAAACCACAAUGAGGACAUCAACCUAUCAAGUCAGUUUUCAUAAAUCAUUGGUUACAGUGCAAGAAAAAACAUUAAGCGUAAACUGAAGUGGAGGCAUUCAUUCAUGUUCACAUUUACAUGCAUUCAUUUAUCUCAACUUAUUGAAAUGUAAAAUCUGGUGGUCUCACAUUGACCCGGUACAGGUACUCCUCGUAUUUAGCCUCGUUAUUGUUGUUAUUGUGUUACCAUUUCCUUUUUAUUGAGGAAAUAUUUGCUUUAUUCUAACUCUGCACUGUUGGGAAUGGGCUCGUUAGUAAGCCUUACACUGUCUACACCUGUUGUAUUCGGCCAAGAACAUUUGAUUUGACUUUGUGUGUGUGUUCACUGUGAUUGUGUGACUUACUUGUUUGCAUGCUCCUCUGUAGAUGGUCGGUCGAUGUGUUUAAUGGUCAUUCCUGUUCUGUACAGUUCAGAUACCUACACAAACACACAUGUACAUACAUAACUUAACCUCUAAGUUUGCAUUUCUGUUGAAGAAAAUGUGAUGCCUUAUUGUACUUGUGUGCAUAGACACAGGAAGUAGUUUGGGAGUGUUAUAUAUAUAUAUAUUUUUUUUUAUAUAUAUAUAUUUUUUUUUUAUAUAUAUAUAUAUUUUUGGUAGAUUUUUUUUUUUUGAGGGUGGGUGCUGGAAAAAUAUUUUUCGGCUGCAUUACAGAUGCUAUAUCAGUCCGCUAAUACAAAACUAUUAAAGAUGGAGUGCACUACUUUUGUGGAGAAAAAAUAAAUGAAUAAAAUAAAUAGUUUGUAGUUUGUUUGUAUCCUGUUUAGUGAUUGAUUACUGUGAGUAUUAAUGAAGUUUAGGCCAUGAAACUGUGUGGAUGCUAAUUUAGAAAGGUUGACCUAAAUAGAUAAGAGGAAAUUGCCUAGGAUCAAAUAGCAGGGUCAGGCCCAGGAAAAUGAAGAUGGACGGGGUGUGAUUCUGACAUCUAGCUAAACAAAGAGAGGACCAUGGACAUUCCACAGGGGAAAGGAGGGAAACUCAUUGGGGUUAUAAAAUGUAUAGCUGGGGAGGUGACACCUGCAAGAGGGUGGUGACCAAAAGGAGGGAAGAGUAUAAGAUGUUUUGUGAACUUUCUAAAUGUAUGCACUCAGCUGACUGUGUCCUUGGUAUUAAACACUUAACUUCUCUUGAGCUUUUGGUCUCAAUUCCUUAUUGCAAAGAGGUUGCAAUAGCAUUUUUCUUUUCAACAAAUGGAAACAGGAUGUGCCUGAGCUCAAUUCCGAAUCUCAUAGCAAAAGCGUCUGAAUACUUAUGUAAAUAAGGUAUGUUUUUUAUUUGUAAUAAAUGUGCAAAAA